AUGGAUGAUAAUGACAUUAUUGCGGAUAAAAUAAAAAGAACUACUAUCUUGAAACAAGAACCAGGAAAAGUAAUGCCUAAGAAAAAUGGGAAUAAUAAUUUAGUUAGCAAGGAUUCUAUGGAUGAUUUAACACUUGCAGAAACAUUUCUAAAACAAAAGAAUUAUAAUAAAUCUCUUGAUGCUUUCGACCCGAUCCUUAAGCGAGAUCCAACUAAUGUUUUGGCACGCUACGGCAAAGCCAAAGCUUUAGAUAAGCUAGCAGAGCAGGAGCGAAGUAAUCAACUGCUACAUAAGGCAAUUGAGAAUUAUCAUAAAGUUGGAGAGCAACGCCACUGCUCAGUUGAGCUUAGAAAGGCUGCAUAUUUGCGUCUGGCUGAUCGCGCGAGUUUUCUAGGUAGCCAUAAAAAGGCUAUGGAAGUAUUAGAAAAACUAGUAAAAGAAUCACCUACCGACGUUAAUAUUUUAAAUAAAUUGGGCAUUCAGUAUUUAUUAAUCAAGCAAAAUUCUCAAGCUGAAAGCACAUAUCGAAAAGUCUUAGAGAUAUCACCUGAUGAUGGUUUUGCACAAGUUCAUUUAGGAUUCCUUCUCAAUACUAAGUCACAAUAUCAUGAAGCUAUCCCGUUACUCAGUGCUGGCAUCAAUAGUCAACAGCCAGGAACCGAUGCUGCUAAAUUCUACUUAUAUUUAGGCGAUGCAUUAACACGAGUGGGGAGAAAAUCUGAAGCUAACUCUGUUUAUAACAACGGCGUUAUAAAAGGAUAUUUUUUGUCAGAAUGGCAGAGAUCACUCUACAAUGUCGAUAGACUACGUGGUAAACCUUGGUGGAAUGCUGAAGAAACAGGAUAUUUAUCGUCAGUUCGAUUGUUAGAGAAACAUUGGAAAAGUAUUUUGAAAGAAGGACUAAAUAUCUUGAAUCAAGAAACAGCAGGUUUUCAAAGAGAGACUGAAAAUCUGCGUUGUAGGGGAGAUUGGAAACAAUUUCAAUUGUACGUGAGAGGACAGAGGAAUGAUGAUAACUGUAAGAGAGCUCCUCUAACUUGUAGUAUUAUCAAUCAAAUUCCUGAAGCUAAAAGCAAUAAGAGGGGUCAAGUUCAAUAUUCUGUUAUGUUUCCUGGAACACACAUUUGGCCACAUACUGGCCCAACCAACUGUCGAUUGCGACUUCAUCUUGGUCUUAAAGUCCCUUCUGCUGUUAGUAUUCGAGUUGGUAAUGAAACUAGAUUUUGGGAAGAAGGUAAAGUGAUGAUCCUUGAUGAUUCAUUUGAACACGAAGUAUGGCAUAAUGGAGAUAGUCUUCGGUUAGUAUUUAUUGUAGAUGUAUGGCACCCUGAUCUAACAACAAGCGAAAGGGCAGAGUUAUUCCCUGUCUAA